CCUCUCUUUUCACUCACAAACACUAGCGAAAAACGCAGUAGGAACUCGAAGUUUCUCAGUGACGAUGCUGACCGCAGAUAUACCACCUAAUCAGACAAUUUACGUUAAGAAUCUCAACGAGAAGGUCAAGAAAGAAGAGUUGAAAAGGUCUCUCUAUGCCUUGUUCUCCCAGUAUGGGAGGAUUUUGGAUGUUGUUGCUUUGAAGACGGCCAAACUUCGUGGGCAGGCAUGGGUUGUUUUCAGUGAAGUAACUGCUGCCAGUAAUGCAGUUCGCCAGAUGCAAAACUUUCCAUUUUAUGACAAGCCGAUGCGAAUCCAAUAUGCCAAAGGCAAGUCAGAUUGUAUUGCAAAAGCAGAUAAUACAUUUGUUCCAAAAGAUAAGAGAAGGAAGCAAGAGGAAAAAACUGAAAAGAAGAGAGAUACUCCACAAGCUACUAACGGUGUGAGAACCGACAACGGAACCCCUGCUGCUUUUAACCGAACCGGAAGGCCAAAUACGCAAGAAACAACAGCACCAAACAACAUCCUCUUCGUACAGAAUCUAACACAUGAUACAACAGAAGACAUGCUGCAGCUUCUUUUCAAACAAUUCCCGGGUUUUAAAGAAGUUCGAAUGAUCGAUGCAAAGCCAGGUAUCGCGUUUGUCGAGUUUGAUGACGAUAAUCAAUCUUCGACUGCAAUGCAAUCUCUGCAAGGCUUCAAGAUCACGCCUCAAAACUCGAUGUCCAUCAGUUAUGCUAAGAAGUAAACCCAACGGUCGUCUUUGCGGUUUUCUUGUGGUGAGUAGUGAUUGGUUAUGAUGGUAGUUUGUAAGGAAUUUUUGGCAGUUUUUCAAAACUCAUUUCUGUGAGGAAAUUAUAGAAACUGGUUUAAGGUCAGUUGGGAUAAUGUUCUUUCUCUACUUGCAAAGCAUGUUUUAACUGCAAUAGAUGCCUUGGUGGUAUUUUGAAGGA